UGAGCCUAGAUCUAAAUCAAAAUAUAAAUAUCGAAAACUUUCUGCUUAAUUUUAAUCAGCGCGAACAUUGAAAACAAACCAAUUUAACCUCUCAACCGAUGGCACCUGGCCUGUUCUCUGUUGUUGCUCUGCUGUCGACUGUCGGCUCGAUUUAUCGCAGCGAAGGAAGAAUUCGCUCCGCAACGCUAACCUUUCGGACUUUCCUGAGAGGUUCCGACAUGAAAAGCUCCCCGACAGAUGGCCCCCAAACGCCGAAAAAUUUCUGUCGAUGAUUCUGAUUUGCACGAACGUGAUGGUAAAAAGGCUAAGGUUGGAUCAAUAGAUGCGUCGACUGUUGGAGAGAAAGAUGCUCCAGACUCAACAUAUGCAGACAAGGAUGUGAAAAGCUCAGGUGUCAAGAGUACUCAGGAGCAGCUGUCGGAUGAUAAGGUCAAAGAUGAGGCUCCAAAGCCAGUCAGAAUCAGCGAGAGACUCAUUAUUAAGAGAAAUCGUCAAGAUGUGGAUGAGGAGCCCCCGGUUCAAAUUCAAACACCACCCAAGAACUUAAAAAAGACAGUGAAGCUCGUGAAGUCAGUGAAGCUUGUAAAGCCAGUGAAGGAACCCAAAAAGAAUAAGAAACGGCGCCCAUGGGCUCUUUGGAGUAUUCGGGACAAGAAACUGUUUUUUCUGGGCCUAUCAGAGCAUGGCAAAAACUUUGAGGCCAUCAGUAACAGGAUUUCUCAUGCGACCCGAAUUCCUGGUCAGCAGCCGAAAGACAAGAUGUUGGUCCGCUACUUCUACUACAGGUGCUGGGCCAAGAUUUCCAAGUUUAUUGACGUCAAUGUCAAAGGGGUAAAAACUUCUACCCAGGAGUUGUAUGGGUUGAUCAAUUAUGGUGUGUUGAAGCAGUACAUGAAAGACACAGACCCAGCAUUUGGAAAGUGCUUAAAUGAACUGAUCCUCCAUGGGGAGACAAUAUGCCCCAAGAAGGGAAAGAGAAGAGGUUUACGGAUACGUACCCCUCUAUGUACUUGUCUGAAAAAGCUGAACAACAUUGAAGAGUCAGCAGUGAGAGAGGACGACACUGCGGCCAAGUUCCCCUCCCACAUAGUGGUGGAGCUCACGCCCAAGAACUACCACGCCUGGGCCAAAGUUCAGGGCCUCUCCCAGAACCCGAGGGUGCGCUUCAAAAUGACGGCCAAUCGUACGCUGGAGUCCAUGUUCAAGUUCUUGGAGAAGAAGUGGAAGCCACCCAGGUUGAAGCUUAAAGAGGGCAUGGGCGGGGCGGAUGACAGGAACCAGGAGCUGGUGUGCACACUGCACCCCAAAUGUAAGAUUGCACCAGUGACUGUUAUACCGCAGGUGCCGCAGAAAAUUGACGUAGCCUUCACGCACUUCCGGGAACAUGUGCUGCCUACAUUGUUGGCCAAGGAAGCUGCCAAAAGUGACAAAGGAGCAGGAGAGGCAAAUAAGGAAGACGUUCCAAGCUCCAGCACCGACAAAGGGGACUCAUGUGUCACUUCCAGCACAGAGGGCUCCACAGCAGAUUUGAUAUCGGGGCAGCAGAACAUUCCAGAAGGGGAACACAAAGCCCCGUCAUCUUUUGCCUCUUUAUUGGCGGCGGCGGCCAAUGAUUUGGCGGCUAUAAAUUCAACGGAAGCUGACUGCAGCGCGAUAACAGCCACGGGCAAAAAUGUCCUUGCAGACGCUCCCGUUGGGGCCAAACCUCCAGCGAUGAUUCUCGCUGACGAGAACGCAAUGUUCCCAGAUACUUCUCCAUUUUCUCCUCCUGAGGUUGUGGGGACCCCUUUAUCUUCGGAAGGUACCCCAAAGCAUACUGUGAUAAAACCACCCACUUCAUCUUCUUCAUCAUCAUCAUCCAGCUCGGUCGUAGCAUCGUCGACUUUGACCGUGCCACCCCUUGUGAUAUCCUUACCCCCCGUGGCAGGUAAGAAAAGGUCGUCUAAGACGUCCAAAAAGAACUCGUCAAACCAAGAAGCCUGUGAUAAUGCAGCCAGUUCUUCGGCUGCAGCAAGUGACAAUUCUUCCUCCCCUCAUAAGGCGGACGCUUGUUCUGCGGAGAGCACGGAGGAAUCGGAGCGUGAAAUUGCUCGUCUGACCGACUUGGCGCAGGACGGGUUCACUUUGCGUAACUCUAACAACGUCACUCUCCUGCACAUCAGUCUCAUGCUGGGCCGUGCCAGCCUCAUCCGGCUGGAGUACGAAUGGAGACCGAAAAAGAACAAGAAGCUGCCGACUAAUCCGUUGCUGGAUCAGGCGUUGAGUCAGAUGAGCAAUUUGCUGCGAAGACUCUGCAACAUUGCUGCUCUUGACCUGGCCGAGUUCAGUAAGAAAAAUGAUCAGAGUAAAACCAAAGGUCCAUGUUCGGUGUGCGGCUGUGGAGGGGGUCAGCGAUGCAAGAAGUCGUGUGCUGGAGAGAGACGAGAGCCCGUCAGCCGAGAUGCCUGCACCAACACAGAGCCGCUGAAGCUAUACCAGUCACCCGUAGCGUCCCCUGUGCAGAUGUUCCGUCGUCCUGUGCUAGCGACUCCUCGCACGUUUGUGGCCGCCCCAACACCCGUGCCGGUGCCGAGAGUACAGGUGAAUGGCAAAGACCCAGUGUUCCGAGUGCCUCUGGUCCCGUCUUUCAAGCAGGGCCCGACGAAAGAAGAGCAGCAGCGUGCGGCCAAGCUUAUUCAAAUGGAGCCUAAAAACAAAUUACUGAGGAAGAGAACGCUGACCCCUAAGAAUCGGAAGGCUCCGCCAAUCAUAGUACAGAGGACGCUUCUUCCGAAAGUUUCCCCGAACCAAAUGGUGGCGUAUAUACAGCCUGGGACUUCCAUCCCCGGCCAGGUGAUGGUGGAGGUGAACCCGGAGAACCUGUCACCUGUGACCAACAUUGUGGGGUCUCCGACAACCUCAGGGGUGAUGGCGAAAGAUCCCCUUGUUGACCGUUCAAACGAUGUUGUUCUCCUUGGACCAGCUCAACUACCGAAUCAGGUUCUGGACGGAGGGAAAGAUAUGCCUGCCCCACCUGGCACCCAGCAUACGAUCAAUACUGCACCAAUAACGGGAUUCCUGCCUUUGGCUUCUGUAGCCAUGUCUGGUUCCUUGGACUCUGUAUGCAGUACAAACCCUCUGGAAUUGUCAGCUGCCACAUCAAAUGCUAGAGAGGUCCCAGCUGUGAGCGGCGUCGUCACCCCAGUUUCCCACAUGGUGCAGAUCUCGGACAUGUCUCUCAUGUCUCAAAAUGAUAUUAGCAUCUCUGACCUGGACAUAUCCAUGAACUGUUCAAACAUGGGACCAGAUGCUGGUGAUAAGUUCUUGGACAUGGUGAUGCAGAAUUCCGAGCAAGGGUUCUCAGGCCUGAUUGAGAAACAAGGAGACAAGUCGGACAGCCUGCGGGUAGGUCCAGGCCCCCACCUCCAGACGACGGGCGCAGCUACCACCGGUCACAGUUUCGACCCGUCGGUGCUGAGGACUCCACCACACCACGGCAUCUCGGCCGCUGACAUCCAGUCACACACCAGCAUGUUCUCCUCCCCGCUCAAGUUGAACAUUUCCGACCAGGCGUGGCUCAACACAGAUACUGGGGAUGUGUCUCUGUCUGCCAUUUUGGAUGAGAAUUCGUCGUUCGGCAAAAAGGCCAGUGGUAAGAGUGGAGAAUCUUUGUCCGGGCCCCCCAGCUACACAGCCUUCUUCGACUCGUCAUCGUCGGAUGCCCUCGAUGCUAGUGCUGUCUCCUUUAGCAAAACUACCCAGGGCUGUGAUGUGUCUUUGAGUUCUUUCUUAGACGCUAACUUCUGCAAAAAGGACGACCCUUGCGCCAUCUCCCCGCUCACCAAGGUCUCCUCGUCAGGCUCUGGUCACAAGCUGCCGUCGUCGGGGGGCCUGUUCUCCAGUAGUGCUGGGUCGUACAGUGGUGUACAACUGUUCAGCGACGCCUCGCAGGACUCCAUUGUUAAGUUGGACGUGGAUGGGGCCCUGCAGGGCAUGGUCAACGACAGCAGCAUGGACUUGGUCAGCAAGUUCGAGUCUUUAGCUGCGCAGAUCAACGCACGCCAGGAACCGGACGUGGUAAUGACGGGAGGUCACAUCGAUUCUUCUUUAGGUCUUAGGGUUGGCGUAGCUCAUGAUGAACCCGUUACUCUUGUGGGCGCCAGCGGUCGUAACAGCGGUCAAGGUGACUCUUUCCACGGAUCUGGUACUGUUCAUAUGACAGCCGGGCAACAUGGUUCUUCUUUACCCACUGGUAUCACUGUGCAGCAUGAAUCUGAUGCUCUACGUGUAACGGGGGGUCAACAUGAUGAGUCUUUGGUCACAGGGAUUUCUGUACAGUCCGUGCCGGAUAAUUUUAGAAUGACCAAUAGUCAGCAGGACUCGUCUUUUGUCCCUGAGAUUUCUGUUCAGCAGGAUUGUGUUGCUUAUGGACUGGAUGGCAGUCAACUCCACCCUUCUUUAGGCCAUGGGAUUACUGUUCAGCAUGAUUCCAAUGCUCUUGGAAUGACCAGCGGACAACACGACUCUACUUUAGUCUCUGGAAUCGCUUCAAGGUACGAAUCAAAUCCGAUGGGGUCUGCCAGUGGUCAAAAUAUUGUAGGUCUGGAUGGUCAGUCACGGACGUCUGAGGGAUCUAGUCAGGUUCAGGAGGAUGGAAUGUUUCAUGCUGUGACAGUCGGUGAACCGGCAAGCUCUGGCAUUGGGGAUCUGGUGACUCAAGCGGGUGGUGUGAAUACGGUGCUGAGCCCCUCAGGUGGCACUAGCGUGAAUCCUGGGCUGGUGGUGAAAUCUGAGGAGUGUGCGGGCACGGUGUGCAGUGUGGAGGACGGUGGCUCGGAGGUCGUGGUGCUGAAGAUCGAGCAUUUGGACGAGGAUUCUGUUGUGUUGAACAUGAUGCCUCAAGAACAAAUGGAUGGCAGUGGGAAGACUACUUCUCUUGGUGCGGAAUGUUCCGAUUCGGAGCGUACGGUGCUGGUCACUGGGGGGUGUGAGGGACGGAGUGAUACCACGGUGGCGUCGGUGUUGGGGAACGUUGUCGGUGAGCUGGGGAGCGCGGGCGCAGGGGCAGGAGAAGGGGACUCGUCGGAGGUUACGAGUCGGGACAGCGAGUUGUUGAACAUUGGGGGUAUUGGCCCUGAGGAGCAGGAGGCAGCUGUGGAGAGUAUUUUUAACUUGGGAUCAUAGGUGCUGGGGACUGCAGUGUUGAACAUUCAUUUUCAACAUGGGUGGUUGAUAGGUGUAGCAGACAACAACGUUGAAAAUUUUUGACAUUGUAUAAUGUGAGCAGGAUAUUGCAGAGCUGAACAUUUUUUGCACUGGGAGUUCAGAGCAGGAGUCGGCAGUGUUGAACAAUGUGGGAUGUAGAGUGAUGAUAAGUGACCCAAGUGUUGAUCAUGUAUGACAUUGGGUGUUGGGAGCAGGAGAAUGUUGAGUUACAACUCUGUAAUGAUGUAGUGGACACAUAUGUCCAACCACAUACCAAAAGCAAUGUUGUUGCACAUUUGAAUGAUCGUACACAAACCUGAAACACAAAUUUGUAUACUUCAUUGUAUGCAGGUUGCGGUCUUGUCUUUUUAGGUUUCGGGUAAAGAAAUAAUGAAUCGAAAAAUCUGUACCAGUACCAGUCAUGAAGUUAUAGGCUUAAAAGUUAAAGCACCUCAAAAUAGCACGCAGUCUUCAAGUGUAGUUGAAUAACAAGAAUGUGUUCCUCAUAGAGUUAACUGAACUUAAAACCAACACACACUCUGAACAAGGUUACUAUAGAAUGUAGCUUUGGUAAAAGGGAGGGAAUUUUGUUCCUAGUAAACUCUGAGCUUGUACUACUGCAUUGUCAAGUUGUUUCCUGUUGAUGGAAAGCUGUCCGGAAGACUGUUAACGAAGUCCCAUUCUGUACGAAUACUCUGAAUCGCCUUCUUGGGGACUACAUUUUUUUUACUGAUGAAAGUGUACAUAAUGUAUAGUUUUUGUGUUGUUUGAACACAUGCUCCCUGAGAUUUGCAUGCUAUUUCUUUGCAGUUUUACACCAAAUUGUUGUACCCAUCGAAUUCUUUGAGGGCUAGUCCAGCGUAUUGUUGAUGUACAGCCAUAUGCGUAUGCCGGUUUACCAAGUCAUAUGGAAUGACUUUGUCCAAAGCGAUUGUUUUGAUUGAUUUUCUUCCUGUGGUCGUAUAUACGUCAUAUAAGCUUACCAUGCUUUGUUGGGUUUUUUUUAUGUACUUACUGGUACGUAUUAUGUGACUGUGAAAAUGACUCUUCACUUUUGGGACAUGUUUUUCUGUUUGGUUGGAGAUUGACUGUGGGUGUUUUUUUACCUGUUUAAAAAAAGAAUCAGGGAAAUUAUUACACGAAAGAAAAA